UAUUAUUCCACUUCAUAUAUCUCUCUAUAAUUAAAACAUCAAGCCCGAUUGAACUCAUAUAUGAUGACCGAAACAACUUACAUUAACACUAGUAGGAAACAUUUUCCUCGUUCCUUCCGUCCAUUAAUUCUCUUUCAUGAUGGUCCUUCGGAAACAUUACUGACACAGCUCCAUGCCAAUGCAAGUUAUGAUCGUAUGGCCAUAGAUCAUCAUAAACAGAAAACAAACGUUAUGCUUCAACAUAACGCACAUUACUUUAGCAAAUCGAGCUUCAGCGAUUCUGAAAUGGUAGACACCAACAACAUCGAAGUCUCACCCAGUACGAGUACAACAUCAAAUAUUAGUACUUCUUCUUCAAGUUCCAGCACUUCGUACGAAGAUAGCUUUAGAACAACCAUGGAGGUCUGUAGCCCAUUACAACAUAAUAAGGCUGAUUAUGUUUUCAAUAAAUAUGGCUGCAUUUCUUCUGCAAACGAAAUGCAAAUUACUGGUAUACCAAGCCUUCACUCAGUUAUCACACAUGCACAGCCAUCUCCUACUCUCAGUCAGAUGAUGCAUCGAACAGCAAGUUCAACGGCCCAGUCAAGCCACACAGCGACAAUAACACUCAACAUCAAAAAAAGACGCAGAGGAAACCUUCCCAAAGAAGUGACAGAAUUUCUACGUGAAUGGCUAAUUCAGCACAAGAGGCAUCCUUAUCCUGCUGAAAAGGAAAAGGCCGAUCUGGCUCGACGUACAGGGCUUACUGUUAACCAAAUAAGUAACUGGUUCAUUAACGCAAGACGUAGAAUUCUGCAGCCCAUGUUGGAAUCUGAGCAUAUUAACGCACAAUUGUCUUCACCUUAUGCCUACACUGUUGGGUUUGGAGUGGGUAGUGAUCUAAGCACCGUCCACCACAAUAAUGCCAACAUGAGCAACCACUCUAAUACUAAUGGUAUUAAUGCUUCUUAUGCACUUUACCUUCAAAAACAUAAGCAGCGUCGUAAUGAAUUUUAUACAUACAAUACAUCGUUCCCAUUUUCAACAGGUAAUAUAAGCUGCUCAUGUACUAUGUCUCUUGCCUAAGGUAGCUAAUUGUAUCUAACACUAUCGCCACUUUAUAAUUACAGUUAUGGAGAAAGAAAAAACCCCAUCAAAGCCCUAUUCUGACUCGAUCUGUAAUCGAGAUACGUACUAUCAGCACAGUCAGCAAGUCUCUUUACCUUGACAAGAUCCUACGUCUAGAUCGUAUAUGCCUGUCUCCCUCACUUCUUUUAUACCUCACUAUGAUAUGUACAGUUUUUUUUUUCUUUUUUUGGCUUUUAUUUCAAGUAUUUUAUGCUACUGUCACUGUUUGUAUUCUCUCUUUUACAAUUUUGGUUUUUUUGCUUAAAUUCAUUGUUUUUUCAACGCAUAUUACUGCUGCUAUUUUAAACUAAUUAUUCGUUAUUACCGCUCAGUCAUCGUUUUUGCCUCUCCUUUUUAUACCAACGCUUCGUAUGCAUUCCUCUCCAAUAAACCUUGAGAAACAUUUUACUUAGUAUAGCAAGUUGUGCUAUAUUUUGGAACAAAG